AACAUUAAGUUUAUUGCAUGCCGGUGGUUUUUUGUUACAGCAGUACGUGUGUGAUCAGUACGUUCGGAUGGAAGCGAAUAAUUUACGCUACACUAGAGACAAUCAAAGGACGCUGUUUGCCGAAGCGUAUCAGGGGCUUGUGGACCACAUAAACCAACAACUUCAUGUAGAUGAAAUCGAUCCUGUUGGUCGUAGGAUGAUUUUGCCAUCAACGUUUGUAGGCGGCCCCCGUUACAUGAAACAAUGUUACCAUGACGCGAUGGCCAUUGUGCGUAAGUACGGUAAACCUGACCUGUUCAUAACGUUCACAUGUAACCCUAAGUGGCCAGAGAUUGUUGACAACAUUCCAAAUUGGUUGAAAGCUAACGACAGGCCAGAUUUGGUGGCAAGGGUGUUCCAUGCAAAACUUAAGGAGCUAAUGCGUGAUAUAACAGUUACUAAGGUGUUUGGUAAUGUUGAUGCUUACGUUUAUACUAUUGAGUUUCAGAAACGAGGUCUUCCGCACGCCCACAUACUCAUUAUCUUGCAAGAAGACAGUAUGUUGCAUACUGCCGACGACGUUGACGAUGUGGUAUGUGCCUGCUUACCAGACCCGGCAACUGACAGACGCCUAUUCAACAGUGUGACAUCACACAUGAUUCAUGGACCGUGUGGACAGCUUAACCAUAACAGUCCGUGUAUGGUGGACAACAGUUGCUCAAAAAACUACCCAAAAGAGUACAGCGAAGAGACUUUGUACAUUUCCGACAGCGGUUACCCGACUUACCGCAGACCAAAUAACGGACUUGAGGCUAACGUCAGAGGUCACCGAGUAGGAAAUGAGUUUGUUGUGCCAUACAACCCUUACUUGCUGAUCAAGUAUGAUGCGCACAUCAACGUUGAGGUAUGCUCUACAGUGAAGAGCGUAAUGUAUCUAUACAAAUAUGUGUACAAGGGACAUGACGCGGCUACCGUGGAAGUUUGGAAUGGAAAUGAAAUAGAAAAUUACAUAAAUUCACGGUACGUCAGUCCACCAGAAGCGGUUUGGAGGUUGUUUUCGUAUGAAAUGCAUAACAAGAGUCAUACGAUCGUCAGACUUCCAGUACACUUAGAAGAUUAUCACAACGUGUACUUUGCCCCAAAUCAGGCACUGGAAAGGGCACAAAAUGCUGCUCUAGCUCGAACAAAACUCACGGCCUUCUUUGCGCUUAACGCGACAGACGUCGAGGCCAGACAGUACCUGUACCAAGAGAUACCGAUACAUUACACUUGGAACGCAACGCGAAGAACAUGGUGACGACGGCG